AGGAGAACCCUACAGAACCAGGCUCAGAGGAGAACCCUGCAGAACCAGGCUCAGAGUGAAUCUGCCAUCACCAUGAAGACGGACGCUCUCUUCCUGCUGUCCUUGUCCCUGCUGAUCCUCCUGACGUCUUCUGCUGAUCCAGCAGCUCCGAGCCCCUCCGUCUCUGCUCCAGACGACACAGAGGCCUCUGACCUCCCUGAAGCUCCGCCCAGCACCAGUGUAACCGUGGAAACACCAACCGCUGCAGGGAACACGAGCACCGCUCCACCGGCUGCCACUUCCCCGCUCAGCCUGACCCCACACACACCCGCAACCGCCGCUCCGCCCGCCGCCAGGCCGCCAGCAGCCCGGACCACCACCCGUCCUCCAGCCCGGACCACCACCACCCCUGCUACAACGCAGACCACUUCAAACAAACCCAUCAACAUCUUGCUGGUGGUCCUCCUUCUGGUAAUCGUAGCCGUGGCGGUGCUCGUGGGCUGUGUGCACACUAGGAGGAAGAGGUGGGCCAACAGAGAGGGCUCCGCCCCCACGCUGCUGCUGGAUGUGAGGGACAGGCUGAGGACCGGGGUCGGUAACCUGGAGGACUGUCUGGGGGUCCGUCUGUGGCCUGAGGACAAGUCUGCAGGGGGGGAGGGGGAGGAGGAGGAGGAGGAAGAGGAAGAGGAGGAGGAGGAGGACGAGGAAGACGUGGAGAAGGGGAGGAACCACACAGGGGAAGGCCCCAGCCAGGAAGGUCAACUGACCAAUGUCCAAGAGAAGGAGGAAGCCAGGGAGGACGACAGCGAGACGUCAUCAGAAGACGACUCCAGCAUGGAGGACGGCGACCUGAAGGAGGCCCCGGACCCCCAGGGGCCGGCGGAGGAGGCCCCGAACCCCCAGGGGCCGGCGGAGGGGAGCCUCGGUGGAGAGAGCAGGAGAGACAGUCAGGGUGUCUCAGAGGAGGCGGAACAUGCAAACCCCUCAAAGAAAGGCCUGGAGAACCCGGAUCUGUUCGAUGUUACUGCCCUCUAGUGGCGCUCCGAAUGCCAGCCACCUCAAGACGACGGAGUUCUUUCAAAUGUUUGUUUUUUCCAAAAACUAAAAGGUUGUCAGUCUGGAACUCGUGAUGAAAUUUAAUACUGAAAAAUGUUGGGUGAUGUGAAUAAGGAGCAAUACCUGGAGAAUGUCUCUUCAUUUUAACUAAACAGCAACAGAAACUGCUUUAAAUGUGACUAAACUGAGACAGCUGCUGAAACCUCAGCAGGAGAACAGAGCCUGUCCAGAUGUGGCCGUUCUGCUCAGUGUUUUCAUCUACAGCUGAGGUUUCAUGUGUGUUUCACCUGAAAAGAGCCUUUUUAAACAGCGACCACAACAGCACGGAACGACUUAACCAUUUUUGAGAACUUUCCUUCCUUCACAAAUAUAAAUUUAAUUUGUGUAUGUAAAAGAAAAUACAACUCAUCCUUUUAUGAGGAGGAAUGAUCAACCUUGAUGUUCAAGUUGUUUUUUUUUUUGUAAAACUGAGCAUGUUUCCUAAUAAGUGGAAGAUGAAGUGUGUGACUGAUUGUUCCAAUAAACCAGUGAAAUUAGUA